AUGGCCCAAGCUCGUGUUGAUACAAUCAUCGAAACAUGGAAAACAAAAGCCGGUUUAACUUUAUCAGCUGAAGAAGAAGAAAAACUUAAAAAAUUAUUUACUGAAGCUGUUGAACGAAUGGGUGCUCGUCGUCAAGGUGGUAAAGAACUCCUUGGACAAUUACAAGCAGCUGUUGAAGCCAACGACAGUGCUAAAAUUGAAGAAUUAUUACAAAAAUUACGUGAAGGUUUCCGUAAAAUCUCCGAAGGUCGAGAAAAGGUUCUUGAUGAAUUCGAUCAAAUUGUUAAACCUGAUCAACGUGCACGUAUCGUUCUUUCUGGCGUUCAACGUGCUAAAGAAUCAGGUCGAUCAAUUGAACAAGUUCUCUUCGAACUUCUUUCACCCGCCGAAGAAAGUAGUUAA